GCAACAGGAUAUUUCUCCGAUAAAAUAAUCCCUCAUAUUAUUUAAUUGUGUUUACUUGCAAAAAAAGAAGAACAAAGGGUACUAAUUUUGGAUAGCUUGUUAUAAUAUAUAAUUCAAGUUUCAAUAGUUCAAUUGGAUGUUAUUGAUUCUAUAAAAAACAGGAUAUGAAGAAAAUAGUUCAGUUCCUGUGCGGAAUAAUAUUUCCUUUUGCUGACGCGAGGAGUCUGGCAACAGUUGCCGUAGGAAUAAACGCCAUAGCCACCGUAGCUCUGACGACUGUUACCCACCAACAAUUAAGGCAUGAGACAUGGCUACACAGACCUUUGUAACAGAUCUGCAGGCCAUGAAUCCAACAGUAGUUCAAUUACAGAGUUCAAAACAGGCACAGCAAAUUCAGAAUGCAGAUUCAUCUCAGAAAUCUCAGGGUACUACAAUUAUACAGUCUGCACAAGGUCAUCCUCAACAGUUUGUUAUAACAACAUCAGCUGUCCAGGAAGCUUUAGAGAACCAGCAUGGACAUGAAAAUGUAACGUUACAACAAGGUGGACCAACUGUUUAUUCCACCCAAGUACAGUAUGUAGAUGAUCCAAGUCUCUACUCAACCAACGGGCAAAUAAUGCAAUCACCAGAACCUCAGUGGCAGGGUACAACUUUUCAAACAGAAUAUGGACAAACAAUGUACACACCGGUAUCUGGUACUUACUACCAGACAGCUUCUGGUACACAGGUAGCUACAGGAUUAACACAAUUGGGUACUAUGCAAGGACAAAUUUUACAACACCAGACAGGUACAUACCUGAUACAGGGAGGGACAAUGGACGGAGAAGGUACCCCACUUACUACCACUACCAGGGCAUCACCAGCCACAGUAAGUGCUACGGUUCAGUGGUUGAUAGACAAUUAUGAGACAGCAGAGGGUGUAAGUCUGCCCCGGAGUACAUUAUAUAAUCAUUACCUUCGUCAUUGUCAAGAGCAGAAUUUAGACCCAAUGAAUCCAGCGUCCUUUGGUAAACUGAUAAGAUCUGUAUUUCUUGGUCUGAGAACAAGACGUUUAGGAACAAGAGGAAAUUCCAAGUACCAUUACUAUGGUAUUAGAAUAAAGGCCAGUUCACCUCUAAAUCAAUUUACAGAUGACCAAACAAUGGCAAUGAGACAACAACCCAUGUAUCAGGGUAAAAAAUUCCGUCCCCCCAACAAGUCAGAUGAAGACAGUUAUGACAGUGCCCAACAUGGACCAGUAGAUGCUGCAACAGCUCAACAGCAACAACACCAACAGUUUCUUGGAGAUGCUUCUGGAGCCUUACCUAACUUUGGAACAAUAGACACAACAAAAAUACCCUUACCAGAUGGUGUUACCCUGGACCAUAUUAAAGCCUUUGAAAAAAUGCAUAAAGAACAUGCUGAGGCAAUAGUGGAUGUAGUGGUCAAUUUACAGUUUUCAUUGAUUGAAGCUUUAUGGCAAGGAUUUUGGAGAAAUACACCUCCUGAUCAGAUGAUAGCAGAUAAUGAUUAUGAAAAGAGAUUGCCAAGGGAAAAAUUAUAUGCUGUUAGUUCAUAUGAACCACUUCAAGAAUAUGUUAGAAAGGCAGAUUAUGCUUUUUAUCAAGCCUUAGUAGAAGUUCUUAUACCUGAUGUGCUGAGGCCAAUACCAAGUUCUCUUACUCAAGCCAUCAGAAAUUUUGCAAAAAGUUUAGAAAAUUGGUUGAAGGGUGCAAUGACUGGUGUUCCUGAUAAAAUGUACAAAGCAAAGGCAGGAGCAGUUAGUGCUUUUGCUCAAACAUUAAGGAGAUACACAUCAUUAAAUCAUCUGGCACAGGCAGCUAGGGCAGUAUUACAGAACACAUCACAGAUAAACCAAAUGUUAACUGACCUCAAUAGAGUGGACUUUGCUAAUGUUCAAGAACAAGCAUCAUGGGUAUGCCAGUGUGAAGACACAGUUGUUCAACAGUUGCAAGAAGAUUUCAAACAGACAUUAGAAAGACAAAACUCUUUAGAACAAUGGGCUGUAUGGCUAGAAAGUGUUGUAAACAAAGUGCUCAAACCACAUGAAAACACAGAUAACUUUCCUAAAGCUGCAAGACAGUUUUUGUUAAAAUGGUCCUUUUAUAGCUCAAUGGUGAUCAGAGACCUGACCUUACGUAGUGCAGCAAGUUUUGGAUCCUUUCACCUGAUUAGAUUACUAUAUGAUGAGUACAUGUUUUAUUUGGUGGAACAUAAAGUAGCAGCAGCCACAGGAGAAACCCCUAUAGCUGUUAUGGGAGAGGUCAGACAGUUCAUUGACCUUAGUAGUGCUGUUAUGUUAGGAACAUUAGAAUCUGAUUCUGUGCCUUCACCUGUUAUAAACAAAGCUCCAGCCAGUAAACCAACAGUUACCAGAGAUCAUACUGGUCAGGAACAUACAACUACACUUAUGGUUCUGACUUCAAAUUCAGGUUCACACAAUGUCAAUGGAAAUGUGAUAUCUACAGCCUCUAAUCCGACAACAGUGACAGUCAGAGCAGCUACCGCCCAAAAUUCUGUCCCAGGGGCAAAAACAAUUGUUGUUAUGCCAGUUUCCAAUGCAGUUGGAUCUGGUGAUGCAAGUGCCAAAAGACUGAAAGUUGAAUAAGCUAGUCGUAUCAAGGACAAGGAUCUUUGAUCAUAUCUCAUGUGUAUAUAUUUUUUCAUAUGCAUAAACAAUGUUGCUAGUGUUAUAAGAUUUGUGAUAUUCAGACAUUUUAGUAGUGUUUUCUUAGCAUUAAGAUUGUUGUGUUACUAUUUUAUCUUUUUUUAAACAAUGAAAAUCAAUGGUUUUUACAAUGAAAUUUAUUCUUGUAUGAUUGAAAUAAUUUAGCUAGCUUGAUUUCCUUUUAUUUUUAUUGUUUGUUAGAUAAAUAGUUACUUCCCCUUCACAUUCCAGAAAAUAUACCAAUCCAAAAUGAAAUCUCCAAAGUUUUCUCAUAUUCCCAAGUCGUACAGGUUUUAAAUAUCCAGUUUUCUGCAUGCAGCAUGGUUUCUUUAUUUUUUUCUUAUUUGCUGUUGAUUUCUAUUUAAACCAGUAAGAUGAUACAGGCUAUGAACAAGAACAAACAAUGAACACAGAUUGUUCUUAACCAUUGUCUUUUACUGACUACUAGAAGAAAUAUUAAAUAUAGUUUAGACAAUUAAAAAAUCAAUAAUUUUCAGAUGAUACUCAACUUUUUAAUCUUACCAUCUUCAUUUAUAAUGAUGGUGAACAUACUGCAUCGCAGACAAGUUGUCUGGGUUAAAACAUUUAUAUUUUUUCACUGCCUGUUUUGAUUUUGCCAUUACUUGCUUUCAUUUCAUUUUGUCAUUCAAGGUGCUGUUUUUAACAAAUAAUCAUUUUAUACAUAUUUUUGGCAUUUACUUACAAGAAAAAAACAUGUUUGGCAUGCUAAGACAUGAACAUGAAAUUUGUAUACCAGCAACCUUUCUACAUGCAUCAGACUUAAGUAUACGAGAUUUAAGAUUGUACGCCUUAGAAACAAGCUAAAGACUUGUGUUACAUUGAUACAAGUCUGAGUUAAGUAAACACAAGACUUGUAUACUUUUAAGAAGUUUUUGUUACAACAUUUUCUAACUGUACUAAAAUCUAUGAUUAAUUGAUCAGUGUUUCUGUACCAUAGUCUAAUCAAAUGUUGAUCAUUCAAGAAUAAGUAUCAAAUUGUGAUAUAUUUUUUAAUACAUCAAAAUCAAACAACUGUUUAUUCUCAACAGUGUUUUUAGUUUAGAUCUAUGAAACAUUAAACAUGCUGUAUACAGCAAUGUGAGAAUAUUGCAGGUAACUGUUCAAAAGAAUGCUACUACCAUCUGAUUCUUAAAAUAAAUAACAGUAUUAUCAUAUAUUAUUAAUGUUAUCUUUUUAAAAACAUUUUUGACAUUUUACCAGUUUUCUGCAUAUUCUUAUUUUCAGAAUAAAAUGUUACUUUUUAUGUAUUUUUUUAAAUAUCAAUUGUUAAAAUGAAUGUUCUUAUUUUCUUUGUAUGUUUGCCUUAGAUAACAUUAUUUAUAUCAUUAUUAAUGUACAAUACAAUUGUAAAUAGUAGCCAAGCAGACAUUUGCUAUUAUUUAUUGUGUAAUUUAUUAUUUUUUUGGCACAUUGUGUUCAUAAGGUGGCCAUAAAAAAGACUGCUGUCACAUUUUGCAAACAACAGAUGACAAAUUUUAUUUUGGAUAAUUAAACAUAGAAAAAUGUCAUUCAGAAUAAAGGUUACUGAUAAA